UGUACUGUAUGCCUCUUACUCACUAGACUCUAGGUCACUCUGGUUCACUAAAUGACACCAAACUGGUGGUUAAGACAGCACAUACAGUAGUUUCUUGUGACAAGCUGAAUCACAAAUGACUCAACUCUGUUUUAACCUAGCUAAGUAUGUUGUCUGAACCUUAGCCUCCUGGUGUUAAAAGUUCAACCAUAGCUAGUUGAAGUUAGGUUUCCAGAGAAGGUGCUGUCAUGCUAAAAUCGACUUACUUAUAUCUUAAAACCAUUCUAGGAAUGAUUUUGGAGAAGACCUGAACCUCAGUACAGCAGUUGAAGGAACUGACACUCAUGGGCUUUCACAAGGUUGCCCAAAUGUCUCAUUGCUUGCUUGCUUGCUGGCCAAACGGUUGCACGUGUUGCAAUUUUAACUGCCUGGUUGUUUGGAAAUACUGCGUCCUGUGGGCUAACUGUACAUAAUACAAUAUAUAUUCUUCAUUCAAGUGAUGCAGGGAAAGGAGGAGACAGGACUGGACCAUAGGUAGAGUUUCACCAAAAUUGAGACAGCUCUUUUGAGAGGGUAUAAAAAAAAUUGAACAAAGCGAUGUGGCAUUACAUUUGGCUUAUUCAGUGAAAGCCAGAGAAGCAGGAAACUCCACCCCUCUGCUUAUCCAUUUGAAGGAGGGGCAGUCCAACUGUCAACCUGGCUUGGCCAUAUUUCGCUAGGAAUAUGUUCCAGGACAUCCCUUCAUCUCAGCAAGGUCAUCAACUGCCGAGUUGCUGUGAUGGUUAAAGAGUCCAUUGCAAUCUUCAUUUUCUGUCUUGGCAUAGCCAAUGGCUUGGAAUGUCAUAAGUGCUUAGUUAAUGAAGGAAACUGUUCGAUGGCCCAAGUGGAAGUUUGCAAGCCCAACCAAAAUGCUUGCUUCUUUGUGAUCAAGAAGUACCAUGGAUUGAGCGCAGAUACGGCCAAACAGGGCUGUGGAUCCUCAAAUGCUUGCCGACGGUACUCUGCGGGAACGAAGGGUUCCUUGUUCCGAACCAUGUGGUGUUGCUCUUUGAAUCUUUGCCAACCUGUGCAUUUGCAAGUCAACCGAGAUGGAUUGCAAAACGGGGUGGUGUGUCAAGGUUGCAUUGGGAGCCCAGCAGAAUGUGGUCUAACGGCCCCUUCGAAGCAAUGCUAUGGGAGUGCAGAUCAGUGCGUGCAGAUUUCCCAGCGCUUCCUACCAGGGGAAGAGCUAGAACCCAUCAUAAAGGGAUGUGGAAAUAGUUCCUUCAAAGAUGUGCAGGUGCUCUACCAGAUUGGGAGAGAUGUUGCCUUUCUUGACCAAAAGGUCUGUGGCCAGUCCAACUGCAAUAAUAGGAGUUUUCCAGAGAUACCUGCCGGACUGCCCAAUGGGCUACAGUGCUACACUUGUCGAGAUUCAGGGCAUGGGGAGUGUGCCCUCAACAAAUUGCAGCGUUUGAAAUGCACUGGAGCCAUGAACCGGUGUGUGCAUAUCAUCAAAGCAGAAAAUAAAAGCACAGCUGUGACCAUCCAGAAAGGCUGUGCCACGGAGUCCAUGUGCAGGAGAGACACAGAUAUAUAUCUUAGACUGAAGGGAGAAGAUUCUCAUGCAGAAUGUUGUAAAAGGAAUCUUUGUAACAAAGCCCAUAGUCUUUCCAGCCCAGAACUGAUGACAAUUCUCAGUUUAUGGUUGGUGCUGAAGGUCUAUCAAUAACUAUCAUUGGUUCAUGGAUAUCCCAGAUAGUUUCACCUGUGGCACAGAUAUAAAUUUGGGAUGUUUUGGUGGUUUUUUGCAUCUGCCAUUCAAAUGCAUAACUUUCGUUGCCCUGUGUGAUCUCAAAAUGUUGCCUUUCUUUCUCCCAGUUUGCACACCAAGAACAUGAAAUUUCACUUGAGUUGACCUCAACCUCAGGUGACACAAAGAUCUCUAAGUAAUUUUCUUGGCAACAAUGCAGAAGUGGGUUGACAUUGUCUUUCUCCAAGAUAUUUUUCUCAACUUUCCAGUUGAGACUAAAACCCUGGUGGUCUCCAUCCAAAUAAUUACGAGAUCCUGAUCAGGCAGCAAUACAGCUAGUGAAACUAUAAAGCAGUGUUUCUCAACCUUGUUGUUGUUGUUCAGCCGUUAAGCCGUGUCCAGCUCUUUGUAACCCCAUCAACCUUGGCAACUUUAAAAUGGGUGGAUUUCUAUUCCCAGAAUUCUCCAGCCAACUGGGAGUUGAAGUCCACCCAUCUUAAAGAUGUCAAGGUUGAGAAACACUGAUCCAGACAGACAGGCUCUGCUCAGGUUCUGGUGCUUCUGUAGCACAGUCAGUGCCUCCACCCAGACAGGCCCACCACCCAGACAUCUCAUCCAACACUAUCUAAUGAUGUUGAGCAAUGAUCAGAGUUUUUCCUCAGGAUUUUUUUUUUUUUUUGAUACAAUUAAACAUUCAGACCAUUUUGGAUAGCUGUGAUCAACACGUGGAUUCUUUCAGAUGAUUUUUGAGGGUGUGGGUGGGCAAAUCAAAGCCACAAUUCCCCUGUGAGACAUGGACACUGCUAGCACACAUGGUUGGAGAUACUUCCUCCAUCACAUCCCACUUUUAUUUUUCGAUCUGAUGACUUUGGAUGGCAGGUGGCAGAGGUUUGGGUUUGGGGGCUACCCAUGGCAGACUUUGGUUGCAGAUUCAAGGUCAAUCAAAACAGUAUGUAGAGUAAGUGGCUUCAUUUUGAUUCUUGGGUUUUUAAACAUCGGUCAUGUCCUCUGUGUUGGCAGAGAUCAACUUCUUGUCAUCGAAUGAUAAACAAGCAAAUAA